CUACUAUAUAACAAAUAAUUUGAGUGUAAGGAGAUGGUGUCCCACAAGGCUGGGCCUCUCAAGCAGACUAAGAAGGCGCACAAACACGGUAAACACAGAUCUAAAGGCUCCCUGUCAGCUAAAGGUAAAGCUGGUGUAUUAUCUGGUAAUGGCAAGUCUGGGGUGUCUACUCUCAACAAGAAGGACAGGAAGAACAUGGAGAAGCAGCUAAAGAAAGUGAAAGUAGUGAGCAAUGCAGCGGAGAAGAGAGGGUUAGGGGGGUCAGGACACCCUCCUAUAUGUGUAGUGUUGUUACCUGCCCACUCAGGGGUAGACCUGACAGAGGCACUACAGUUACUGAGACAACAGGGCGAGGUCCACUCUCAAUCUAGUAACUCCUUCUACUUACUCAAUACUAAACUAAAGAAACGGUUACAAGUUGUGUGUCCAGGAGAGGGUAUAUUAGAUCAGUUAGACACUGUGAAAUGUGCUGAUCUGGUGGUGCUGGUGUGGGACUCCUCGUUUAGCAUAGACCCUCUAUUGCGCACCUGUCUGUUUGCACAAGGGUUACCACCAGUACAGCAUAUAGUUAUGCAGCUCGGACAGAGUUUCAGUGAUAAAGAGUUCAAUAUCCAGAAGAAACAGUUCAGUGAAAUUCUACAAAAGAACAAUUUUAGUAUAAAUAAUUCUAAGGUACAGUACAUGAGACAGGCCAGUGAUUUUGACAAUGUGCUCUGGGGACUAGUGAACUUUAAACACCACACUCUGGGAUUCCUGAAGGACCGGGGUUAUCUAAUAACUAGCAGUGUGGAGAUGCAGGAUACUGGACCGGAGACAGGAACUCUAGUGGUCCGGGGGUUCCUCAGGGGUCAGGGCUUGGACCCAGAUCAGCUUCUUCAUAUACCCGGACAAGGGCACUUCAGAAUAAGCAGGAUUGUUACCUCUCCUGACCCCUUCUCUGAGAACUCAAAUACUGGAAUAGUGUACGAGCCUAAGAACCCCGCCUCACUUGAUAUGGAGUGCGAAGUUAACGAGAUGGACGCCGAGCAGACCUGGCCUACAGAGGAGGACUACGAGCAGGCAGAGGAGGCUAAAAAACACACUAAACGAGUACCUAAAGGAACGUCAGCCUACCAAGCAGUGUGGAUGUUAUCAGAUGACGAAGAAGAAGAAGAGAGUGGGAUGGAAGAUGAGGAAGACAGCGAGGAAGAGAGUGAUGAGGAGGUAGAGGAGGAAGAAGAGACGGAUUAUUACAAGGAUAGUGAUAACUACGACGUGCACUUUGAUGCAGAGGAAGAAGCAGAAGAGAUGAGGAAGUUCAGAGAGGCAUGUGAAGACGAACAGUUCCCUGAUGAGAUGGAUACACCUAUUGACAUGGCUGCUAGAAUCAGAUUCCAAAAGUACCGUGGACUGGCUAGUUUCCGCACGUCAGCAUGGGAUCCCCAAGAGAAUCUACCCAGAGACUACGCCCGCAUCUCUCAGAUCAGGAACUUUAGACAUGUCAGAAAGUCCCUGCUACGUCAAAGCAACACCGAGAAACCAGUCCAAGCGGGCGCCCACGUGGACAUCUACAUCUCCGAGGUACCUCUCUCUCUACGGGACAGCACCAGCAGACCUAUAACUCUCUUCUCUCUCCUCCCCCACGAGCAGAGACUCAGUGUACAGCACGUAGCACAAGCUAGACACCCCCUCUCUACAGGUACAGUGAAAGGUAAAGAACAGCUGCUGGCUCAGGUGGGAUUCAGGAGAUAUGUGGUGAAGCCCAUCUUCUCUCAACACACUAAAUCUAACAAGCAUAAGAUGGAGAGGUUUAUGCCAGUAGCAGGGAACUUUGUGGCUAGUUUCUACGCUCCAAUCACUCUGACAGAGAGCCCUGCCGUUCUCUUCAAAGUAGAAGAGGACGGCUCAGUUACCCUGCUUUCUACAGGCACGCUGUUGUCAUGUGACCCAGACAGAGUGGUCUGUAAACGGGUUGUGUUAUCUGGGCACCCUGCCAAAGUUAACAAAAGAUCAGCAGUGGUUAGAUAUCUGUUUUACAACAGAGAGGAUAUUGCAUAUUUCAAACCUGUGCAAGUGAGGACUAAACAUGGGAGACGAGGUCACAUAAAGGAAGCCCUGGGGACCCACGGACACUGUAAAAUCACAUUUGACAAACCGAUCCAACAAUCUGAUACAGUUUUAAUUCCUCUUUAUAAACGAGUCUUUCCUAAGUGGCAUUUUGAAUACUUUUAAUCGUCUUUUUGUGGAGUUUUUAAGGCUAUUUAACGUAUGUUCACUCGAGUAACACUUUACAAAUUGACUUCUGAGGAGCUUUAAUAAUUUGGAUCUGAAUUCUUUUAAUUUAUUAGAGUUUUA